AUGAUCUUAUCGCGACGCUCGUGGGAUAUCAGGGCUGUGAACGAAUGGUACUUGUGUCUCGUUCAAGGCAACCGCAAAUCCAACACUCCCCAGGUAUGCUCCACAAAUGGUGAAGACAACGGACAGCUGCCCAGAGCGGCAUCCCGAGAGCUUCGGUAUAGAGUGCCAUUCUGGUCACUGCUCUCAGUACAGCUAGAAAUAGAAUAUGACAGAACAUGCAGUCUGUCACUGAGAGAGAGACCGAGCACUGAGGGACCAUCAAGAACUCGCAAGUCCUUCGAGGUAUUACGUAUCAGCACUGGUCGAGGAUCUUUUCUCUUUGUAAAUAGUGCUCCUGUCUCCAUCGGCGCCAGUGAUACUAGCCAAAGCUUGUGUCCUCACCAGUGCGGAGAUCCCCAAAUACUCACGGCCCACCAGGAUAUCACCCAGACUCUAGUGAUGGAUCAGCAAAGGCUCAUCCUACAUGGGCAGGUAUCUGUAACUAGAAAAUACAAAACAAAUGUAUGGUAG